UGUGAACGCUUUUAGUUUGAAAUGCAUCCAGCGGAAGUGUGUGAGUGCCAACUGUUUUAUAAGGGACGAUUGUAAACUGGGUUAAUGUUUGCUCAUAGCAAAGGUAAAGAAACCACACUCCAGAAUAAAGAAAAAGACAUUAUAACGGCCCUGCCUACUGUUGACUAACGAUUAGUGCUGAAAACUGUGUUUGACUCUGACUCAAUAGACUGGGAAAGCGCAUAUUGAACUCUUCUGUAGCAGUUAAAACAACUCAUCUCCUCAUCUCCGUUCGCUUGCCAGCAACCCGCUAGAAUAACUACACGAGGAUCUACAAACUAACGAUCUCAGAUGACUGCGUCUCUUCAGAUUGGACUAUGAAGAUUCAGCGAUGGAAUCAUGGCAAUAAAUGUUCAGUACUGCAGAUAUAAUAUCAACGACUGACUUCGCAAACCAGCUGAAUGGACACUUUCAUUGUCUCUCUUUAAACUAGUCAAUCAGCUAUGGCCUUCUUUUUUCACUUGAAGAGGAUUUUACACAAGUAUUUUCUACCACUCUUUCUCUUGCUCUCACUGCUGGUAUGGUUUACAGCUUUUUCGGGUGGAAAGUUGAAAUCUUUUCACAUUAGUUUAGCUCCAACACAAACUCUUUACAAAGGUGACAGUCUAAAGGAUGAACUCAACAUCUUGGUAAAAGCAUCAAAUCGCAUUGACACUCCAAAGCCAAAAGAGGAAUGCCCGCAGGAGUCACCAUUGCUUCGCGGUGCUGUGAAGCUGACCUUUGAACCCUCCCUGACACUGAAGGAUGUGGAGGAAGAGAACAAAGAAGUGACUGAAGGACAGUAUGAGCCUUUAGACUGUACAUCGAGGCAGAGCGUGGCGAUCCUCAUUCCUCAUCGCAACCGAGAGAGACACCUCCUCUACAUCCUGCACCACCUGCACCCCUUCCUGCAGAGGCAGCAGUUACAUUACAGCAUUUAUAUUAUCCAACAGGCUGGUGAUGAAACUUUUAACCGUGCCAAGUUAUUGAAUGUUGGGUAUUUGGAGGCACUGAAGGACUAUGACUGGGAUUGCUUUAUCUUCCAUGAUGUGGACCUUGUUCCUGAAAAUGAUCACAAUUUAUACGUCUGUGACGAGCAGCCCAAACACUUGGUGGUUGGUCGAAAUGCCACAGGAUAUAAGCUUCGCUACAAAGGCUACUUUGGGGGAGUCACAGCUUUGACUAAAGACCAGUUUUAUCAAGUGAAUGGAUUCUCUAACGCUUACUGGGGUUGGGGAGGGGAGGAUGAUGACCUUCGCAUCAGGGUUGAGCUGCAGAAAAUGAAGAUAGUGAGGCCGCCAUCUGAUGUUGCUCGAUAUACCAUGGUGUUUCAUAAUCGGGACAGUGGCAAUGAAAUUAACAAGUACAGGAUGGAGUUGCUGAGAAAAACACAGCACGUAUGGAGAAAAGACGGAAUUAACAGUUGCUCAUAUAAAACUUUGUCAAUACAAAGACUGCCUCUCUAUGUGAACGUUACUGUGGACAUUGGUAAGCCAUAGAUCUGAGAUUUCCAAAUAAUUCAUAUCUAAGGAAUAAAUAUUAGAUUUUAAACUGAAUGCCAGGCCUAUGUGGGCAGAAAAUUCACUCCAUUCAAGCUCACAAAAUGCUCGUUGAUGUAACUGGUUUGCAUAUUUAAAUAGUGAGAGCCACAGUCAAUUGCACAUCAUUUCACAUUAUUUCAAAUGAAGCUGCUUCCAUUCCGUCACAUUACUGCUGUGUUUUCAUUAUGGUACGGUUCAGUUUGGUACACUUUGGUAAAGCCCUGCGUUUGGACUGAGAACAGUAACGUUGUUUGUUAUCCAGCUGUUCUUUUUUUCCUGCUCGGUUUGUUGCUGUUUACUCAACAAGAUGUCAAGCUUUAUACGAGAGCAAACUGAAGACAGUCUUGCUCCACCCUGAUCACACUGGAGCAUUUUAAUCUAGUACCCCAAGGGAAGGGUGCUAUUGGUACUAUUCCUAAUAGAAACACAAAUAAAUACAUACCAUACUGUUCCAAACCAAACCGCUUGGUGAAAACACUGCUAAAGCGUCCUGAAGAACUAUUUUUUUUCCAUCAUGGAAUGAUCAACUUGGGUAACGUUAAAAAUAUAUAUAUAUACAGAAUCCUGGUUUUAAUGAUAUAUUGCCAGAUGAAAGUUUGAUUAAUUUAUGCCUUUGCCUUAUUAUUUGCCUGUAUGAUAUAUUGCAGCUUUAAAAGGUCUGGUAAGGGGCUAUUGCAGGGUCUUUGCACACACAACUGCUAAAAAGAGAUUGAUAUGGUCGCAACAUGGAUUGGUUGUACUGUGGCAGUUGAGAGUUGCAAAGUCUCUGAAUGUAAGGUUUGAUUUAAAGCUGCAUGGAUGUUUCAAGGCACUUAGAUGGUUUAUUACUGUCUCUGUUGAGAUGUUUUAUUGAAAUUAGCGUGUCCAUGACAAAACAUAAUAUAUGAUUAGUUGAAAAGUGAACACUGGGCCAAUUCACAAGAAUGAGGUGCAUUAAAGCUGCAACUUUUCACCCCUAGAUGGCAGAACCCAGUCGCAGAGCAAUAGCCUAUUACAGUACACACAAACAACAACCCAAUGAAAGCAAUGAAAAUACAAGUUAAUAUAAAACAAAUGAUUAUUAUUAUUUUUUUUAAAUGAGGUGUCGCAGUGUAGGUUGCAAUUUAAAGGGCACAUGAUUAUGGCAGGCCAUGUUUAUUUAGUGUUGUUGCGCUUUCUGCUAUAAAGCAAAAUUCCACAACUGCUGCCAGUGAAAGCACUCCAUCAUCUGGUGAAAGUACAUGUGUAUUAUUUAUACAUUUGUUGUUAUUUUACAUGCCUGUCGGAUCAGUUGGAGGCAGGCAGUGCUUCCUUUCCCACAUGAAAAUACAUUUCUAUCUAUAACAUCUAUUUCAAUAUGUCAAUAGGUCAAACUUAUUUCUGAUGCAUCUGAUUUUAAACCACUGGCUGCUUCACAGAAUUUGGGAACCUUGAUCAUCUUUUGGAUAAACAAAGUGUUUUUGUGCGUCAUAAUAAGAUGAUUUCAUAUAUCGCAUGUCUUGUUUUAGAUGAUGAUCCUUACAUGCUUGAUUUCUAGGCAAACAUUAAUGGGUGGUGGGCUUUUAUAUAUCACCUAAACAUUUGAAAUUAUAGAGUUUUAUCAUGUGAAGAAAUGUCCGUACACACUUGCUUUAAUCAUUGCGCUCUGUGUGCUUGAUACCUAAGAUAAGAUUUAAUGCAUUUUCAAGGAGUGUAGCUUGUUGAAUGUUACACCUACACCUUUUAAAUGCUGAUUCUUUCAUAACUGAGCAAUACUUCUAUUACGAACAAACAUGUUUACAGUUCACCAGAGCCACCUUUUAUACUUUCAGCUACAGCUUUGCUGUAACUUGUUACAUUGUCUGUCAGUGAGUGCUUUGUUAUUCACUUUAUUUGCUGUCCAUGAAUCUGCUGGAUGAAGUAGUCAUGAAUUAUGAAUGUCUUCGUUUUCACAGACCAGAAAACAUGUUUAUCGUGUUGUUUGUGGUCUGACGGUCUCCAAAUUUCACAGUCAUUUUCCACCGUUUCACUCAUGUUUUCUACUCUUCAUGUGAAUUGCAUUGAAAGUGCACACGUUACACUACAGCGUCUACGGUUGCUGCCCAGAAAACGUGAUAGUGUAGCAUCAAAUAUUUCACCGCCUUUUUUUUUUUCAUUUGAAUUUGUAAUUUACUAUAUAUGACUGUGUCAUAUGUAGCAUAUGACUACUACAUUGAAAGGGGUGCCAUAUACUUUUAUCUAAAUUAUCAAUUAGAGGGUUGAUCAUGAAUAUUUCUAUGUUGAUUUUGAAUGACAUGUUAUGUUUGUUUUGAAGGGUGAAUGAAAAAAGAUUUUACAAUUACA